AUGUCGUCGACCAAGAAGAAGGCGUUCAAGCAAGCUGGUUUCGCGAUUGGUGGAGGCGCCCUUGGCUCCACGAAUGCAGUCACCCAGCGAAUCUAUGACGCGGUACUCGGCACCGACAUCAAGAAGAACAAGCCUGUGGACCUCGAGGCCAGAGCAUGCGAGGCACUGGAGAAGCUGUUCGAGAUCUGCCUUGAACACCAGACGCUCGGACUAGCUCUUUGCGUCAGCUCUGCCUACUGGAAGACCGUCACUGGUGAGUGGGAGGUCCUCAACCACCUCGAAACCGGCGACGUCAGCGAUCUUGUCUUUUCCCUCGUCCGCGCCCGGCAGAACUACAACCCGCAAUCCGGACACGUCGACACCAAGCUUACCCAGCUGGUGGACCGCUUCAUCGACUUUCACGACCAAGUCGUAGCACUGGGCCCCGCUCAAGAGUUUACGCUUCAGCUCCGCCCUACCCAGGCGGACCAACAACGAAUGCAGCUAGGCCAGCUGGGCCAGCAGCUGGGCCAGCUCCAGCUCUCAUCCUCGACCCCGGAGUCCUCGUCCGCUCUGUCGUCGAUCACCUGGCCUCCGGCCCAUUUCAACCAGGCGGAGUGCAUGUGGAUCACUGACAGCCGCAUCCGAUGGCAACUCUUCGGCCUCGACCACAGCAAGACGAUCCAGAACGAGGACAUCCCGUUGAUCCCCACGAGUCGUUUCCAUCCCACCGACGUGAAGCUCUUCCUGUGCUGGCUCGGCCUUACGAAGCACAAGCCCGCGACUCCCACAACUGUCGACUGGUCCUUGUACAUGGCACCCAUCGGAUUCCUCGACGCUGGCGACAAGAAAGACAGGUUCGUCGCCACGGGAGGCUGUUCCAAGAUGUACGACACUCUGCCCGAGUUCAUCGACUACACCAAGGACCAGCUCACCGGCCGUGGUCGAUCCAUGGGAGGCCAGAAGUGCUGGGAAGAGGGCUUUGACGCGAACCGACACCAGUCACGAUCCCGAUACUGGUACGAGGACUGCGAGAAGAUCGGACUGGUAUUCAUCGUGCGAAGACUCCAGGGCCAAAAGAUUGAGGUCAUCAUCUACGACCCGCUGCACGACGACUGGCAGAAGCACGGCCAGGUCGAACCGCCCGUCCACACGUGGGAGCGACACAUCGUCAAGGAGAUCGCGAAGGGUAUGAAGAUCGAGGGAUUCUGGCACGGCGGAGCCACCUCGCGCGGCUUGGACUUCCUCAACGUCCGCCUUGAGGACUCCACGAUGCAGAGCGCCGGCUUCCUGCACGACGUCGCUGUCAACGGAUUGCCUCAGGGAGACUUGACGAGCCGAGGAUUCGAGUACAGUCCAAUGCAGUACAAGGAGAAUUGA